AUGGAGUUUAUGGAAGAUUAUGAUUUCGAGUUACACUAUCAUCCCGGAAAGGCCAACGUAGUGGCUGACACUUUGAGUAAAAAAUCUGUGGGCAGUGUAGCUAGUAUCGCCAUCUGGAAAUUGGAGAUGUUAGGCGUAGUGGGCGAGUUUGACUUGCAUCUUAGCAAGUCCGUUGAGUCAGCAGUUUUGUUCACAGUAGUUGCACAACCAACUUUAGUGAACCGAGUUAUAGAAGCACAACAGGGGGAUUGCGAAGUGGAAUCCAUCCGAGAGAAGAUAUCUAAUGUGAAGGAACAAUUACUAACUAAUGUGAAUAAUAGGAUGCAAAUGAAAACAAAACAUAGAUGUGGAUCAAAAUCAAUCCCGAUAAUUGCAAAUGGAGAAGUUCCUGAUUUGGCAAAGUUUUACAAGUCCAUCCACUAUAAUUCGAACACACAUGAAUGGAUUUCGUCGGAGAGCCAAGCUAAUUAUGACAACAUGAUAAAGACGCAAGCCGAACACCUCUCGCAGACUGGUGUGAUCCCUUUAAGCCAAGAGGAGUUGUCAGUUAAGGUGCUUAAGCCAAGGUCAGGUCAUGUGAAAGGACUCGGCUUGAGGCCUUCUUCUUCUAUGAAGACUACUGUUGUACCUGCUGAAAAUAGUGACUAUGUUCAACGCCUUGAGAUGCAAAUAGCAUAG